UCCCACCCGCUAUGCAUCACGCGCAGACGGAGCGCGUGGAGCAACACGCCGGAGUGGCGGCACGGGAGGAGACCGGGUACGGGCGGCUCGGAGCUUCCUGCUGUUCUUGCUCCCUGCUCGCUCCGUCGUGCGGAGCGGCGCACUCACCGCCCGCGACUGUCGGCCAGUGACGGACCCUCGUGCGCGCGGCGCUAAAGAGAAUAAGCUUCCUUCUUCAUACAUAUGGAGCAUUAAUAUUCCGGGCGGGUCUCACUGCAGUCGGGAAGGCAUCGGGAGCUGUAAGGCAGCGCCCCUCGGUAUUCAUCUGCGCUCUGGACUUUCCCACCCCACCCACCACCACCACCCCCUUUCGAAUUCGUCCGGCACUGCUGGCGCAAAACCUCAACAGCCUUGCGCGGUCCGUCCGUCGUGUCAGUUUUGAGCCAGCAGCAAUACCAGCAGCUCCAGCCAGCGCAGCCACCACCCAGCAGAGCCCGUCCUCCCACCCCAGUCCGUCCGUCCUGCCGAGGGACCACAGGCAUCGAUCUGUCGCCGGGAAGGGCGAGUCAAGGGCGUCUACGUCGCCGCGCGGCUUCUCCAUCCCGACCGCUCAUCAUCAUCGUCCCCUCCUCAUCGCAGAAGGACACAGGGGAGACACCAGAAGCCACGCACAGCCACGCAGAGGAGGCACCCCACAGGUAGUUUCACGCGGUCGCUGGUGGAAUUCCGGAGGUGAUGGCACACGGGAAGAGGAGGCGGCUGCGGCUGUGCAGGGUGCUUGGCCUCGUGGCAACCCUCCUGGUGGCCACCGUGCUCUCGCUGGCGUACAAGGCAGCCGGCCCACCCGCCACCGUGACCUUCGACUCCAGAGUCAACGGCAUUUUCCGCACUCGAGCCCUGCAGGGUUACGAGGGCAAGGCGGCUCCACGCGAAGUACUAAAACCGACGGAUGCCUCGUUGAAAAGCAAAAGUGCGAACGUGGUUAAACUCGACGAAAGUGGGAGAAACUCAAUAGACGAAGGCGGAAAGGUGUCAAAGAGCGAGGACGGUGCUCCUCAUUCCAAACUGCACGGCGACGGAUGGGACAGGAAGCCUGCCGGCAUGACAUCGGACAAUAAAGGUCCUCUUAACUCCACGCAGUCGACCAAGGAGAUGAACCAAACGGACUCGCACGAGCAACUCGAUUACCCGAGGGACUUAUUCACCCUGGAGCAGCGGAAGCGCGGUGCCGUGGUGCUGCACAUGCUGGGCAUGAUCUACAUGUUCAUCGCGCUCGCCAUCGUGUGCGACGAGUUCUUCGUGCCGGCGCUCGGCGUCAUCACCGAAAAACUCGCCAUCUCCGAUGACGUCGCCGGGGCCACCUUCAUGGCGGCCGGAGGCUCGGCACCUGAGCUGUUCACGUCCCUGAUCGGCGUCUUCAUCUCGCACAGCAACGUGGGCAUCGGCACCAUCGUGGGCUCGGCCGUCUUCAACAUCCUGUUCGUGAUCGGCAUGUGCGCCGUGUUCUCGCGCGAGAUUCUCGUGCUCACCUGGUGGCCGCUCUUCCGCGACGUCUCCUUCUACAUCGUGGGGCUCAGCAUGCUCAUCAUCUUUUUCCUCGACAACCUCAUUAAGUGGUGGGAGAGCGUGCUGCUGCUCAGCUGCUAUGUGAGCUACGUGGUGUUCAUGAAGUUCAACGCAAAAGUCGAGUCCUUCGUGAAGCAGCGCCUGAGCAUGGACCCUCCGGCCAAGAUCCCCGGAGGCAUCGACGAGGGGGACAAGGCCAGUGGCUGCUCAUCGGACCCACUUUCCGAGCCCACAGACACGACUCGUCUCAAGCAGGGGAAGAGCCGAAAGAAGCGCAGCGAAGAGGCCAACACGGUGCGCUACAGCAAGAUGAUGAGGAACAGCCUCUUCCAGCUCAUGAUGUACACGCUGGACCCUCUGGGCGAUGAAAUCCGAGGGACCGCCGCCAAUGAGAAGUUCUAUGACUCAAUCGCAAAAGAAGCACGCAUGCAGGAGCAGCAGCAGACAGCAGCGGUCGUCGCUGUAGCAAAGAAAGAGGCCAAGAAAAGAACAAGAGGGUGUCCACCAGCCCCGCUGAACCGUCACCGAUCACACGUGAGCCACAGCUCAGUUCUCUUGACAGCUACUCCCACGUGGUUUUCGGCUCUAGGGGAGAAUGAAGCCAACGUGGACAGCCCGGGCCUGACCUCGCCUGCCCAAGAGACAAUCUCUCCAAGCAACAAACCCAACGGCAGUGCUGCCCCACAGAAGAUCGACGCUGCCAAUGGUGCAAGCCAGUCGGUCGAUGACGCGAGUGACGAGAAGGAAGAGGAGGAGGAGAAGCCCUUGAGCAUGCGGUGGCCGGAAUCGACCAAGAAGCAAAUCUCUUAUGUCUUCUUACUGCCGCUGGUCCUGCCUCUCUGGAUCACCCUGCCUGACGUCCGCAAUCACCGCUCCAAAAGGUUCUUCAUGGUCACCUUCUUCGGCUCCAUCCUUUGGAUCGCCAUUUUCUCCUACCUCAUGGUGUGGUGGGCUCACCAGGUUGGGGAGACCAUUGGCAUCACGGAGGAGAUCAUGGGGCUGACGAUCCUGGCGGCGGGCACCUCCAUCCCUGACCUCAUCACCAGCGUCAUCGUCGCUCGCAAGGGACUGGGCGACAUGGCCGUCUCCAGCUCUGUGGGCAGCAACAUCUUUGACAUCACCGUGGGGCUGCCAAUGCCCUGGCUCAUGUUCUCGCUGGUGAAGGGCUUUGCACCGGUGCAGGUGAGCAGCAAUGGCCUCUUCUGCGCUAUCGUGCUGCUCUUCCUCAUGCUCCUCUUCGUGAUCCUCACCAUCGCCGCGUGCCGCUGGCACAUGAACAAGCUGCUGGGAUUCUCCAUGUUCCUGCUUUACUUUGUGUUCCUUAUCAUCAGCGUCAUGCUGGAGACUCGAACCCUGCACUGCCCGGUUACCAUAUGAGCUCCCCAGGCAUCCCAGCCUCUGUGCCCGCCUUGAGGAGAUAAAAGUCUCCGGCCGGUGUUCUGGAGAUUCCUUUCUCAACCCGAUCUUUGAAAAGGUCUCGUCAUGUGAAGGUGUCCAGAGAGCAUCGCUGCUGAAUGAUCCACGGGGUGCAUCUGCGUCCAUCAAAACACCCGAGAAAUAAGACCUCUGCUUCAAGAACUACCUUCCGAGCAACAUCAUUUUGUCACCGAUGGACAACCUGGAUGUUCCAUCUUGAUUUCAGUUGCCUACCAGCUAUCAUCACCAAAUCAACCUCCAUCACCAAUGGCACGGACUGGGAGUGAAUGGAGAGCAGAAGAAACAAAAAAAUGCAUGAAGGCAGAAGGAUCAAAUGAGGUGUACAAAUGUCAUAACGUGAAACUGAUUGACCAACGCUGUUUGCUUUUGUCUGCUGCUGCUGCUUAGGAAGUUGAACACGGGGAGCUUUUGCAAUUGCUUCAUGUUGCACAAGACGAUGUUUUUAAAUCAACUUACAAACUAUCGGAGAGAGAGAACAUGCGCACUGAGGUGGCGUUAUGCUAUGACACGAGCUCACGCAGCAUGGAUCGUCCGAGCUCGAACUGAUCCGUUUCCAUUAUGACCCGAAACCUCAUCAAGUCCAUUGGUGUUCGACGUGCAAUGAUUGGUAACAUGCUGAUAAUUCAUCUUGUAGUUUCAGGGGCAUCACAAUACAAUGCGGGUGUACCACUUCUUAUCAGUACGUAGUCACGCAGGUUAGAGAAACAAUGCCCAACCAUGUAUCAAACGUCAUACUCCCAGCUCUUACGUUAACACAGGAAUGGAAUGCACAUGUCUUUUUUGAAGUGGCAUAAACCACCGAUGAUGCUAGAUUUCUCUUGCGGGUCGAGGCACAGUUGCAUGAGGAAUCAUACCCGGGGGUAUUCCUACGGCGUUAGCUCGUAAGUCCAGUACACAUUGCAACUCGCUGUUGAUGUCGAUGCAAGUGUCGGCACACAGAGCCUGUGCACACAAACGCAUUCUGCAGCAUCCCCAGAAAAAAAAAAGCUAAAUUCGCUCGGAGGGGCAACGCCACUUGAGUGCGUCUCAAAGCUGGCGACGUGUGCGUGGCAAUAACACACAACACACCUUACCGAGUCCGGAGUUCUAUGGUAAAGGAUGACAAUCGAUGUGGACAAAACCGAAACGGCUAACGGGUGUCCUUCACUUUGUUUCAAAUUAACACACUUGCACUUAAACGAGAUGUGGGAAUGUCUUGCAGUGUUUACAGCAUGUUGGCGACAGCGUUUCCUUUGAAGCCGAUCUUUGUCAGUUUCAACCACGACUCUGCGCGCAUUGGUCCCUCUGGGAUGGGAGUGUCGUGUCAGAAGGCCACCAGCAGCACGGACUCUGUGCACAGGAUCUCGUUUCGUCGCCGUCGACACACAGGGCGAAAUUGAAAUUUGCAUGUGCGCUCGGCUUAGGGAGACAAAUUCUGCCGCGUACGAAGCGUGUCAAAAAAAAUAGAUGACAUUGCAUGCCAGCUUUCUAUUCCUACUUUAGUGUAAUGGGACUUAAAGAGUUAGCAUCUUCGGACAUUGUAUUCAUCAGAAGGCUUAAUUGAAAACUCAAUCAACACUAUAUAUGCAUGAUAGUUGCCUUGCUGUGAGACAGUGAACAUUCAUAUAAAUGUUUAUUGUUGUUGGUUCCUUUUUUUUUCUUUCUUCAGAAUGGAACAUGUCCCUGUUGUUGUUGUUGUUGUGGGAGUGUGCUGUCCACGUCUGCUGAUGCCACCUAAGGGUGACUGUAGGCGUCCAUUCGACACGAAGUUGUUAACGGUACUCUCCGUCGUGGUGAAUGACCUUUCGUGUGUCACGUUGUCUCUGCGUUCCUUCGCGAGACUCAAUCUUGAAGUCUGAGCAUCGCCAUCGAAUCACCUGCUUGUCUAUGUGGAAGGUUAUCGUGAUUCGUCUUCUUUACCCCAAAGCACCAAAAUAUUUUCAACCAAAAAGGAAAUACCACACACAUGGCAAGUCAAGAUGCAGAGGAGUUAUCAUUGCCUUUCAUGUUUAGAAACGGACUAUUAUUAUUGCAGUCAUAAGUUAGAUUGUAAAAGUCACAUUGCACUUUUUGAAUGUGGAUUCAACUCCUGUAUUUCGCUCGACGUUUCUUUUUUACUCAUGCUAUACUUUCAGAAGACACUGCUGUAUUCUGCUCACGAUGAAUGUAAGGAGUCUGCAUGGGGAAGGCUGGAGGGGAACGGUGGGGGGGGGGGGAGUUGUCGUUAUCUGCUGAGAGAAAAUUCACCUUUCCAUCAUUUACAAAACUUAUCGACUUUUAUUUACACUCCACAGGUUGUUUGCCUCGCAUCACAUUUCACAGAGGCAACCAUAAAAUAUCCAUAUAUAUCGCUGCAAAGACUUGAACAUCCUAUACCUGCUUGGCUCGUUGCUCCACCAUAACCUGUGCUUGAAGUCUUGUAUGCGCGAGGCCUACUUGUCCUAGUGCGGUCACUGUCUAAUGUGGUAUGAUGCCAGCCAAAGUUGCGUGAGUGUGCAAUUGUGCAUGUUUUUGCUUUUACAUGUAAAUCUCCCUCUACCACAACGGGAGGGUGGGGUAGAGAGAUGCUAUUUAACUCAGAAAUGUAAAACGAUAUGCUGCGUAGCUCAAAGUACAAUUUACAGUUGUAGUAGUAGUAACCAGCCUUAUUUGUUUAACGGACCACUUCCAAUAAUAUAUCAGUCAGUAUUGCCAUGAAAAAUAUACAUACUAUACCAUCCUAAACAUACAAUGUUUGUGUGUAACAAAUAUCCCCUCCCUCCGCCUCCUUUGAAAUAAUUGCGUCAAAAUGUGUUCAGACACUGGUGUCUCUCUACCCCGGUGUCAUGGUCCAUGAGCGAGAGCAGAUAAGAAACUUGAACAAAAGAAGACUUUCCGACGUGUAAAAACACGUUUCAAGAUACUGUAAGUUGAAGCAUGAUUAAUCCACUCGGCAAUUCAGGUUACAACCCAACGUCGCCCGUGCGUUGGCUGCAUGUAAACAUCCAAAAAACGUUUCCUGGCCUGCUAGCUAACUAACUAGUUAACUCGCUAAUUAACUAGCUAACUAGCUAACUAACUAGUUAACUAGCUAACUAACUAAUCAACUAGCUAACUAACUAGUUAACUAGCUAACUAACUAAUCAACUAGCUGACUAACUAGCUAAUUAACUAGUUAACUAGCUAACUAACUAGUUAACUCGCUAACUAACUAGUUAACUCGCUAACUAACUAGUUAACUAGCUAACUAACUAAUCAACUAGCUGACUAAC